CUUUGUCAAUUGUCUCUGCAGUAAAAUAGGAGCUCUCGGAACUAAGAGACUGAUUAAAGUAAUCAUUGCACAAUUAGUCUCCCAUCUCAAUUUUGCCAUCCUACUAACUUUUCUCUCGUUUGAGAUUCUUCAUAGAGCAGCUCGAUUGUCGAAGCCUCCUCUCUCCUGUCCUGUUUCCCCCAUUGAAGUCUCACUGUAAAGCCUGAUGCCGCACUGCCUUCGCGCAGUCUACGGCAUGGAGCUCUUUGCCAGCGUCGGCUGCCUUCUCUUCCUCCUCUUUCAAGCCUCUCGAGCCAUGGACUUCCCGGAACUCCCUGCGUUCCCUGCUCCGGCGCCCACUUCCGGAGCCGACUUCGUGGUCUCGCCGACAUCAAGAACUCCGCCUGCCUCCGGUCCUGCUCCGGCGCCGCUGGUGGACUCGAGGCCUCUGGAGCCCAAGGAAAAAUCGGCUCCGGCAAGCUCGAUCCCGUUCAUCAGCAGCAGUCCGGCUGUACCGCUCCCCGUGGGAGAGACCGACACGGCUACCAUCCUGCCAUCUCCGACGCGGGGGUCGGACAACCGGGCGGUGGGUGCGUCGUCGUCGUGCGACGCGGUGCGCGUGUCGUCGCUGCUCAUCGUGCUCGCCUCUGCUUUGCUCUCGAUUCGUGCUGUCUCUUUUCUUUGAUGUCCCUUUUUUUUUCUCUUCGUCUUUUUUGUUGCUUUUUUUUCUCAUCGCUUUGGCUCUUCCACUUUCGAAUCCAUUUUUUUAGUUUUUAUUUUUAUUAUUUGGUUUUCUCACUAUUCCGAUCAAAAUGUUUGUGCUUUGUCCUAAUCGUUUUCUUACAAAUUAGUUCUUUCCAUUCAAUUUUAUUUUUCAGAUGGAUAAAAACGAAAUCGUUUUCAAUUCAAGAGCAUUAGUUGAAUCUUCUUUAA